GUUCUUCCCACAUUCUCUCACAUUCGCAACAGUCUCUCUCUCUCUCUCUCUCUCGCGGAGCACGAGCGUAGGAGAGAGAAUCGAUCCGCACCGAUCGAAUCGCUUCCGACGAAACCGAGCCCGCAAAUCCAUCGGCCACCGAGCGAAUCGCCGGCGCGGGGAAAUGGAGGUGACGGCGAGGGCGCCCGGCAAGAUCAUCCUCUCCGGCGAGCACGCGGUGGUCCACGCAACCGCCGUCGCCGCCUCGAUCAACCUCUACACCUCCAUCACGCUCCGCUUCCCUCUCCCUCCGUCAGAGACCAAUGACACACUUAAACUCCAUCUCAAGGACAUUGGGUUAGAAUUUUCUUGGCCUAUUGGUAGAAUUAAAGAAGCACUUUCAGAAUUAGAUGGUAUCGACUGUUCAACCCCCACGACGUGCUCCGGAAAAUUUGCAGAAUCAAUUUCUGCUCUAGUUGAAGAACAAAACAUUCCAGAGGCGAAAAUUGCACUUGCAUCUGGAGUUUCAGCUUUCCUCUGGCUCUACACCUGUAUCCAAGGGUUUAAGCCUGCCACUGUGACUGUCACUUCUGAGCUUCCUCUCGGCUCAGGCUUGGGAUCAUCUGCCGCAAUUUGUGUGGCACUCUCAGCCACUUUUCUUGCUUUCUCCAAAUCUAUGAGCUUGGACAAAGGCCAUCAAGGAUGGCUCGAUUUUGGGGAGAAUGAACUUGAAUUGUUGAAUAAAUGGGCUUUUGAAGGUGAAAAGAUUAUUCAUGGAAAGCCAUCUGGAAUCGACAACACUGUGAGCACAUAUGGUAACAUGAUCAAGUUUAAGUCAGGAAGUUUGACACGCAUCAAAUCCGCUGUGCCCCUUAGAAUGCUGAUUACCAACACAAAAGUGGGGAGAAACACGAAGGCUUUAGUUGCAGGUGUUUCGGAGAGGACCUUGAGACAUCCGGAUGCCAUGACCUCUGUGUUCGACGCUGUUGAUUCUAUCAGCAAAGAGUUGUCGACUAUAAUCCAAACACCUGCUCCUGAUGAAAUAUCAGUAACAGAGAAAGAAGAGAAAGUAGGGGAGUUGAUGGAAAUGAAUCAAGGUUUGCUGCAGUGCAUGGGGGUCAGCCACGCCUCCAUAGAGACAGUCUUGCGGACGACAUUAAAGUUCAAAUUAACCUCUAAACUAACCGGAGCUGGGGGCGGAGGCUGUGUUCUUACCUUGCUGCCAACCUUGCUAUCAGGGACGGUUGUUGACAAAGUGAUUGCUGAAUUGGAAACCUGCGGAUUCCAAUGCCUGAUCGCUGGAAUUGGCGGGAAAGGGGUGCAAGUCUCUUUCAGCGGUUCUUCGUGAUCCCAUCUCGCAGUGGCUAUAAAGAUUGCAGGAAUUGGCAGACGAACCAUAAAAAGAUUUGCCUUCCUUCGCCUUCCCUUCUUCCGAGUUUGUUGUUGUACUUGUAUAUUAUUCUCUCUUGCAUUUUGUGUUUCGAUUAUAACCGAACCCUUUAGUCUUAUUAGCCUCUCAUUGAUGUCGGAUUACCAUGUUACCAUGUUGCCGCAUGUCAAGUGUUUAAAUUUAGUAAUUCAAAAGCAAUAAUUAAUGAGAUCUGGCGAACUACUUUUGCAA